GGCCAGAGCGUCGCUCUGUUUGCUCGAGCGCUGGCUGUGAAACCCUGUGCCACCAGCAACUUUGAUAAAGUCUCUCGCGUACUUCAGUCGAGGAAUGAGAGCCGAGGGGGACGUGCUCGGUAUUUGAAGGCAGGGCGCUUUGUUUCUCUGUCUUUAUUGUACCUUAAUAUCAAGUAAACAGGUGUCUGUUGGAUAUGUGUCAAAUCCAACUGUCACUGGAUUCAAGGACUGUCAUUGUUAACCAAAACCAGAAGAUUAAUUUUAUAAUCUGGGAAGGAACUGUACAAUAAUGCAGUAGGAGGGAUGAGACACUCCCUGCACCUAUUGAAUCACGCCUGGGGUCUAACGUUAUAUAAGAAGCAUCUCAUCAUCUUUCUCAAAUAGUGUCCAUUCACCUCCCUGGGAGUUAAACAGCAGGAAUGAUGCUGUGCCUCUGCUUAUGUGCACUGGCUCUCAUUCUGCAGCCCGUUCACUCGGCCUAUAACUGCUCCUCGGUAUAUAACAGGGUUCCAGACAACAAUGAUCUGGUGGUACACUGUGGCGCCAGCAUGAUCUCUCUGGAGGUAAACCUGUGCACCGCUGAUUGGGCAGGCUUUGACCCCAAUGGCCUGGCUCUGAACGGGGAGCGCAAUAACGCCCAGUGCAGGGGAACCGUUGACACCAGUGUGGACCCACCUGUCAUCCGCUACCAGCUGGCAGUCAACCAUAGCCAGGAGAACCCAUGUAGACAAUCUCUGCAGAUUGUGGAUGAGGUGCCCAGCUCCUCAGGUCCAUUCGGCAUGUUCUCCAGCAUUCAGUCCGUCAUUAUCACAGGAUACAUUGAUACGCCCAGCUCCGCAGAGGGCCUCAUCAGUUACUCCACAGACCUCUACUAUCACUUUUCUUGCCGUUAUCCACUGGAAUAUCUUAUCAACAACACUCAGAUCGUAGCGUCAUCGGUGUCAGUGGCCACCAGUGACAACAAUGGAACUUUCAUUGACACUCUCAGCAUGAGUGUCUUCAAUAGCACAGAUUAUACCAUGCCUUUGGUGGUUCCGCCUACUGGGUUAGAGCUGCGCAGUAAAGUCUAUGUUGAAGUAAAGGCUGUCAAUCUCACUGGAAAUUUUAAUUUGUUGCUGGACCACUGUUUUGCAACCCCAUCACCUUAUAAUCACACCAACAACAAACAGUACAACUUUUUCACAGGAUGCUUUGUAGAGAAUCGGACAGCAGUGCUUUAUAAUGGGUUGUCCAAGUUUUCCCGAUUUUCAUUUGAAGCCUUCCGCUUCGUGGAGCAUCGUGAUCAAGAAAAGUCUUCUAUAUACCUGCACUGCAUACUGCGACUUUGCGAGCCAAACAAGUGCCAAGAAUUACUUAAUCCUUGCACCUCUAAUAGAACACGACAGCGAAGGGCCCUAGAACCUUACGGAUCACAAGCCAAAGAAUCUGCUACAGUGUCUGUGGGUCCUCUAUACACCGCAGCCCUGAAGAAUGAUGUUCCCACUGCAUCGGCCUAUGGAGGCAGUGAGCCAUUGAACAGGGACAAUAUGAACGUAGCUGGAGUGGUGGUUGGGGUCAUUUUUGCCACCGGCGGUGCCGUGUUGAUGGUUAUGGCUGGAUGGUUUGUGCUGAAGAAGUUUUUCUGGGCCGGUGGUUUGCCUCGGGCUUUCCACUAAGAGAUCCAUCAACUCGCCAUCUGUUUUGCAUUGAAUGAAGCUUAAUUUGAUAUGCCCGAUAAGACGUCUGAUCCCAUCACGGCAUCUGCACAAACCAACAAAGAACCACUUUGCAUAAUGCCUAUUUAGCAUAUUUUAAUCUAUUUAGACAGCGCUGUGUAGUCCAGUCACUAUGUGCUUGGAAGAAACUGCUAAAUUCUUCAUGUAAAUGCAAAUACUGCAUUGUUUAAUGAGUUUUAGUUUGUUCAUUAUCUGAAUUAUAAUGUAGGUAUUAUUGAGAGGAUGUAAUUGUUUUGUAAUGUUUUGAUCACACUUUGCUUCUUAUACACAUUGCUUGUAUAUUAGCCCAGGGAUUUUCAAACUUUUUGAAGGACCCCAAAAUUUGAUCGAAGGACCCUCUUCCUAAAAUAUAAAGGCAGCUAUUUUGUCAUGUAUAAAGGCCCGUUUAUUUUGUGUGAAAAAAUAUAAUAAGCAUUAUGUUAUAGACUAUGUUGUUUACUUAAUUAAAUAAUUGGCUUUUAAUUUGACUAUUAAAAGCAAAUCAAUUAUUAAAAUAUUAUGUGGAAAUAUUUUGUAAAGUUUUCUACCUACCUACUUUUAGAUGUAUGAAAUUACUAACGAUAUAUAUUUUCAAUUACGUAACUUCAGAUUUAGCACUUUUUAUAUUUUGUGUUAAAUACGAUUGCAUUAAACAUACAGUAUUUGAUACAUAAGUUAACUUUGACAGCCAUAAAUGUACAGUUUAGACAGACUGUAACAGUUUUCUUCAUGUAUAAUUCCUCAGAUUUUCUGCAGACCCCUUUGCGGUCCCAGAGCACAGUUUGAAAACCCCUGUAUUAGCCAAUGACCUGCUGCUUCCCUGUAAUUUAAUAUGAUAUAACAAUUGUCUAGAUGUGAUGUAUUUAGAAAGGAAUACUUUUAUUAGUUGAGGCAAUAAUCAAAGAACAACAUAUAUUCAUUUCAAAUAUGUACAAAUUGAUCUUUUUUAUUUACAUUCUUUUGUCUGUUUAUAAAACAGUAUAUCCACACAUUACACAAAAAAAAAUAUUUAAUAAAAUGAAGAAAGGCUUUCUUUUCUGUCUUUCACUUCAAUGGAUUUCGCAGUACGUCAUAUAAGGUUCUUGAAAACUGUACAAA